CCUCUAAAUUUGACUCCACGGUGUUAAGCAAUCGACAGAAUGCCGAUCAUCCUUCCAAGACACACUUUCAUUCUACCACAAACAUGGCGCCGCCCUCGCUGCGCUUCCUCAAUCCCAUGACCGCCGUGAAGGCGAUAUGGCGGAUAUGCUACAUCUUCGUGCAGUACUUCGUCAUUGCCCUAUACAAGCCCCCUGCGCCCAAGACGGAUGGCCCACUGAAGAGCCCUUCUGGACGCAUUGCUGUUAUCGGCGCCGGACUCACUGGCGUCUCAUCCGCUGCCCAUUGUAUUGCCCACAACUUUGAAGUCACCCUCUUCGAAGCCGGCCCGCGCUCGAGCUUGGGCGGCAUCUGGUCGCACGUCAAUUCGACAAGCGGGCUGCAGCUUAACUCGCAUCUGUAUCGUUUCCACCCUGCUGUGCUUUGGAAAAACGCCUUCCCUUCGAGGGACGAGAUUCUCGGCGAGGUGAGAAGGAUUUGGCACGAGUACAAGUUGGAGAGCCGCACUCGUUUUGAGACGCGUGUCACAUCUGUCCGACGUGCUGAUGCAAAGUCAUCAUUGGGACAUCGUCAAUGGAUUAUCAACGACGACAGUGAAACACUGUAUGACGCAGUCAUCGCUACAGUUGGAACGUGCGGCAAGCCAAAAUGGAUCCACAUCGAUGGGAUGCCCAAAUCGGACAAGGGAUCUGGCUCCGACUCAGGCCAUGGGAAUGAUGCGCAAGAGAAUGGCGUAUUCACCAAACCUAUCAUUCAUUCUUCGGAACUCGAUUCCGAAUCUAUUUCAGAGGAAACGAUCAAAGGUAAACGAGUCGUCGUAAUCGGCAGCGGAGCUAGUGGAGUCGAGGCUGUCGAGACCGCACUUCAGAGGGGCGCGGGAGAGACAGUCAUACUGGCCCGCACGGAUAAGUGGAUCAUCCCUCGCAACAUUUUCUUCGAUACGUUUGUCGCGUGCCAACCUUUUGGCCGGGAGAUGCCAUUGAGCUUUUUGUGGGAACGAUUCCUGAAAUUCACACAUUACCGUGGAGUGACGGAGCUGAUUCCUUGGAAGACGGGUCUGUUCGAAGGCACGCCCAUCGUCAACGACGCUUUCAUGAAGCACGUGCGAGACGGGUCAUGCAAAUAUGUCCGCGGGGAUACGAUCAAGCUGACACCUUCGGGAGUGCAUGCCACGGUACGAGGGAGGGAAUCGAAACCUGGUGAUGAUGGCAAAGAAGAGAUAAUCGACGCGGAUGUGAUCGUUCUUGCGACUGGAUUCGAGAAACCUAGCAUCGACUUUUUGGACAACUCUUUAUUUCCUGACGGUUACGAGCGCCCCAAUCUCUAUCUGCAAAACUUUUCGACGGAGGAUUGGUCUGUGCUGAUGACCAACUCGUCUUACAUGAGCGCUAUUGGAACUGUUGGACACUUCCACAUAGGAAUCUAUACUCGCAUUCUGCUCACCUUCCUUAUGGACGAGGGAUCCCGCCCUGAGAUCCAGGACAUGAAGUUGUGGGUCGACGUAGUCCGAUUCCUGAAACGAGGAGCCAAAGGCGGGGCGCUCGGGUUCUUCACUUACGCAGAGCUGACGAUCUGGCUGCUCUUAUUUCAUCUUCUCCGGUUGGACCGGUUGCGCUGGUUGUUUUUCAUCAUGUGUGGAUGGGGAGUGUAUCUGAAAGGUGGACAACGGGAGAGUGCAGUCGAGAAAGUGGUUGAAACGGCACAUGUCUCGGAAAUUAGAAAGGAGACUGUUGGGGAAAAUGGGUCGAGGGGUUGAUUAGAUAAUUGUAGUGUAGGUUUGCAAUAGCAAUGAGGAAUAAACUUGGAUUGCUUUAGGGCAAACCAAUGCCCUUCUACAUAAUUACAGGUUGCUUAUAUACUGUAUGUUAGGCUAUCUAGAGUGUUCUGUAACUGUCCAUGGGUUUCCAGUCUGUUAGUAAUCAAUAUGUGAGUUGCCCGAAGGCCGAAGCUGCUCGAUCUAAUCUAAUCUUCAACACUCCCCCUGCAGCGAGGGCUUCAUAAAAUUCCUAGAUGUUCCAUAUGCGCGUGAUUGUCCAAUGCUUGGCAACGUCCAACGAGGUGCGUCCAAAUUAGCUCUAGCUCCGUUCCGUCCUACUGCCGCGGCAUCCUAAAUCAUUGCACUGAUGCAUGCUGCCCGAUUCUUACAUAACGCGUGAUUGUUCAGUCGCUCAGAGCGCGUAGUCAUUGUCGGAGUCAUUUUCCUCCUCUUCGUACACACCGAACGCAGCAUGUGCUUUGUCGGGUUCAUUUACAUCUUCGAUCUCGGAAGAUGGGCAGACACGAGCAAUGUGUCCUUUGCCUCCACACCUGUGGCAAAUGGCUCGUUUCCACGUUGAUGAUGACGUGGCGAAGUUUGAUGCGGGCUGUCGUGAUUGACGGGUGACAGAUCGACGGUUGUGGGUCGCAGCCAUGGCAAUGGCAAGUUCCUCGGGGGUAAGUCCAUCCUUCUCGUAGCGGCGGCGUUCCUCGGUCAAGAUGUCGGCAAUGACAGUUUUUGACUGCGGACUAAUUGUUCCAUGUAAAUUGGCGCGAAUGAACGAGUCCCAUUCAGUCGGGAGCGAACUGAGAAGGGUGACUGCAAAGUCUGAGUCAGACACUUCUUGUCCAAGCGAGCGAAGCUCCCCCUGGAGUUGGCGCAUCAUUUUGAUGUGUGGUUCAAGCGGCUGUUGGUCGAGUGCACGGGUAGAGUAAAAUUUGUGGCGCGCAAGAAUCAGGCCCAUUUGGCCUUUGAGCUCAAAUAAUGCAGACAGCAUCUGCCAUGCACCGAGUGCGGUGGUCUCCCCCUGGAUAUGUUGGACAAUAUUAGGUGCGACACGAAGUCUGAUCGAUGACAGCGUGCGACGAUCAUUUUUGAUCCAGGCCUUCUUCUUCGAUGCUUCGGAAUCGUCUGGGGGCGUAACGGAAUCAUCGACAUGAUCAUCAAGAUUCUGUUCUGUCAGAAUGUCCAUCAUCUGGACUUUCCAUGCUCCAUAGUUUGAUGAACCGGCAAGCGGUUCGAUCCGAAAUGCGUUGGCCGUGAUGGUGUCUGCCAUGUGGAGAUAGUCGGGUUAUCGGUGACGUGAACCGAGAUCAGUUUGUGUUGGGGAAAAUGGGUCGAGGGGUUGAUUAGAUAAUUGUAGUGUAGGUUUGCAAUAGCAAUGAGGAAUAAACUUGGAUUGCUUUAGGGCAAAC